AUGGUGGCCCCGGCGCUUGGCAGAACCCUUGAAACCAAUCUUGGAGAAAAUCUAAGGAACAUUCUGGAAUAUGUGGAUUUUAUGAAUAUUCGAUCGUUUGAAUACUGGAAAUUCUCUUCAAUAGCAUCUGCUCCAUUAUACUCGAAAACAGGACCAAAUGUGAAUGGCACGAUUUCCUACUACAUUAUAAAAAGUGGGGGCGUAGAAAAAUUGAUUCCAGGGAUCGAAUUUUCUGGAACCUUUUUGAACGAUGUGGAUUCAAAGGAAAGCCAAGAACAAAGAGUAAAAGUGUUCUGGAAAAAUUUGGAAAAAGAAAUAUGGAAGGGUUCUAUAUCUUCGUGGGACCUGGAAUCUCAGACGCCAUAUAUUCGGGAGGAACAGAAGUAUUUGAGUGUUGAAAAUGUGAAAAGUUUAAGCAAGAAAAUGGAAUAUUCCAAUGGGCAGAAUCUUGGAGGAUUGGCGAUUUGGUCCCUGGAGAUGGAUGAUGAUAAGAACACUCUUCUGGGAGCUGUCUCGUCUUGUGGAUAUAAUCAGUGA